UGUUGCCUCUGUGCUGAGACCUGCAAACUCUCCAAACCAAUCACUGACCUACCCCUUGGAAGCCUCCAAUCAGAAACAUCCCACAACUUCUCCAUGAGAACUCUCCCAGUGCAUAAGUGCCCACUCUCAAUGCUUCUUCCCUGAUCCUAUACAGCGCUGCAGCUCACUGUUCCAUGCUUUUCUUAUUUUCUUUGCCCUCUUCAAGCCUGGGUGUCUCCACUUAGAGUUGGACCUUUUCUCCCCCUCUUCCCCAGGACUAACGUGUGGGAAGAAGAGUAACUCUUGAAGGAGGCAGGAUGGUGAGGGGAGCACUGCGCUCCUGGCAAUCUUGGCGCUUCGUAAUCCCGGGACUUCAUCACCAGCAACAAAUCACAUUUCCCUUGGGAAGGCUGAUAAGAAUCCAGAAGCUUGGUGUGGCCAAGUGUGGUAGUCUUUAAAACAUUCCCAGUCCUUUCACCAACCCUUUCCUUCCGCCACUACUCAUUGGAGACUGCUUUGGAAUCCAAGAAGGGGGUCUGCUGAAUGUUGGAAAGCAUGUAUCAUCCCAGCUGGAGCAGUCUGCAGGCUUUAAAGUCUCUUCACCAUGUGGAUGUACCAGAGAAAUGACCUGCCCGGACAAGCCAGGCCAACUCAUAAACUGGUUUGUCUGCUCCUUGUGCAUCCCAAGGGUGCUGAGGCUUUGGAGUAGCAGACGCCCGAGGACCAGGAGGAAUCUGUUGCUAGGGACCGCCUGUGCUCUCUACCUGGGCUUCCUGGUGAGCCAGGUUGGGCAUGUGUCACCCCAGCAUCGAAGGGCUCCAGAAAAGGGGCCCUACCCGAACGUGGAUGCUCCUGGGACCCCCUUUCUGGAGCUGCCCUUGGAUGGAACACUGGCACCCCCUGCGAGCCAAGGAAACGGGACCACCCUGCAACCCAAUGUGGUAUAUAUCACCCUACGCUCCAAGAGGAGCAAACCCGCUAACAUUCGAGGUACAGUGAAGCCCAAGCGCAGGAAAAAAUAUGCCCUGGCCUCCUUAAAUCAGAGACAGGAAAUGUGGACUAAGCCGUCCAUCCAGCCCCAUGGGCCGCUAGUGGCAGCCGAGGCUGAUGUCCCUGGGAUUCCCCACAAGGAAGAAGUGGACAGGGGCUGGGGCCGCCCUUGGAGACUGGCCCAGGGACCAGACCUCCAACUGCCCAGGACCGUGGAGAGCAACAUUAGGAUAUACAGUGAGAGCGCUCCCUCGUGGCUGAGCAAAGAAGACAUCCAGGGGAUGCGUUUGCUGGCUGACAGUGCUAUUGGAGACAUCCAAGAAUUGCCGUCCCAGACUGGGGCCCGCUUGCUGGUGCUGGAGGGGAGCUCGAAGAACAAAUGGCCUUCUUGCGACUCCAAUCCCUGUGGCUUGCUCAAGAGACCCUUGGACAUGAGUGAGGUGUUUGCUUUCCACUUGGAUCGGAUCCUGGGACUCAACAGAACCCUGCCAUCUGUGAGCAGGAAGUCUGAGUUCAUUCAAGAUGGCCAUCCCUGCCCUGUGAUUCUCUGGGAUUCAUCACUGUCUCCAACAUAUAAUGGAAGUCAUUCUUCCGUUUCACUCACUUGGGGUACUUAUCAACAAUUACUCAAGCAGAAGUGUUGGCAAAAUGGUAGAGCACCCAAAGCUGAAUGGGGAUGUACUGAAGUACAUCAUCAUGAAUGGUCUAAGAUGGCACUUUUUGAUUUUCUGCUUCAGAUCUACAACCGCUUAGAUGUAAACUGCUGUGGAUUCAGACCCCGGAAGGAGGAUGCCUGUGGUCAGAAGGGAGUGAGACUGAAAUGUGAUAAUCAAGAUACUGUGGAGCUAACACACAUUGUUCAAAGAAAGCAUGACCCAAGGCAUUUGGUCUUUAUAGACAAUAAAGGUUUCUUUGACAGAAGUGAAGAUAAUUUAAAUUUCAAAUUAUUAGAAGGAAUCAAAGAGUUUCCUGAGUCUGCAGUUUCAAUUCUGAAGAGUCAGCACUUAAGGGAGAAGCUCCUUCAAUCCUUGUUUCUUGACAAAGUUUAUUGGGAAAGCCAAGGAGGUCGACAAGGAAUAGAAAAACUUAUUGAUGUAAUAGAACAGAGGGCCAAGAUUCUUCUCACCUACAUCAAUGCACAUGGAGCCAAAGUUUUGCCUAUGAAUCAGUGACUUUGAAAGGCUUUUUAUUAAUGUUAGAAUUGGGACAAAAGUAUUAGAACAUGGAAAUAUUUGUGUACUUCUACAAGAGUCUGUAGAAAUGUGUCUGAAAAUAUUCUGUCUUCACAGAAAAUAUCCACUUUUCUCUUUCUACAUAUAUAUUGAACUGGACCCAGUAGAAUGUAAGCUCUUUGAGAGCAGGAGCUGUUUUUUUUUUUUUGUUUUGUUUUGUUUUGUUUUGUUUUUGUUUUUGUUUUUGUUUUGUAUUUCUGAUAUCCUAGAUUUGUUGCCUUGUACUUUUUAAUCUUUUUUGGUAUUGGAGGUAUUGGAUUGGCCUAAAUACUUGAUUGCAGAAUUGUUUCAAAGGUUAGGUGAUCUAAUUUUAGUCAAAUCAUUUUUAACAUUGACUAAGUUCAGUUCAAUUAAACUCAACAAAUCUUUUUUGUACUUGUUAUAUGCGAAGCACUAUAGUACGCACUGAGAAUAUAAAACUAGAAACAACAAAGUCCUUAUCUUGAAGGUGCUCAUGUUGGUUUCUUUGUUCAGUAGAGGAAAUCCAGAUAUAAUAUAUUGGCCAUUUCUAAAAUGACACCAUAAAGAAAGCUCUUUAUUACAGUGACCAAAAAUUACCUUUGUUUUUGGAGCCUUUUGUCUUUCUAGGGUUUGAGGAACCUUGGGUUAAUGAACCUUCCAUUCAAAACAGAAAUGCUUAAAGAAUAUGCUCACUAUCUCAGCACUGGAAAAUGCAUAUCCAGAAUUCACAAAAAAUUAAAAGAUUUCAGUAAUGUCCUGAAUAGAUCCAAUGUAUCAUUUGUAAAAACAGUACAUUCCCUGACAUUUCUACUAAAAACCCUGCCACACCUAUAGCAAAAGCAGAAUAUUCUCAGACCUUUUGGAAAUAAAUUGUAUUUCAAAUCUGACUAUAAUUAUAACUUGUUUCUUUCUAAAAAGAGAUCUAAAUUAUAUCUUGUGACUUGGAAUCAAAUGAUUCUUAGAUUGAUUAUUUAGAAAUUAUACACACACAUACAUAAGGACACAUCCAUAAGAAGGAUUUUCUUUUUCUUUUUAGGGACAGAGAAAUAAUUUAAUUUGUCAAUUUUUUGAAGGAUAUAUACAAUGAAGCCAGAUUUAAAAUGAAAAAUUUCUUCAGAUUUUGUUAGAAUGACAAUAAAUAUUUGAACCUAGUCCAUGUCACCAGAAACAUCUAAACCUAUUUCAUUGCUAUCAAAGAGAAAAUAUCAUGAAUUACAGAGAUUUUUGUAAUGUUUUCUUAUCACAAUUCUGAUCUCAAGGCUAGUUCCCAUCCCUUUUUCAAUGUCUUACCUCAUUCCAUUUAUAUUAACAUGGAUGAAUCUAAGCAUCUAGAAAGGGAAGAAAAUAAUCAUUUAUGUAAUGCCUACUAUGACCCAGGUACUAUGCUAAAUGCUUUUUUACAAUUUUACAAAUUAUCCCAUUUGAUCCUCACAACAACAAUAUGAGGUAGGUAAUAUUAUUCUUCUCAUUUGAUAGUAGAAAAAAGUGAUUAUUGAGUCUCACUCCCUUUGAAUAUUUUGAAGAAUAAAGUAAGCAUUUCUAUAGUCACCCCUAAACUUUAUUUUAAAAAUGAUUUUGGAAGGGCUACGCUUUUUAAGCUUCUUUUGGUUUACUUGAGAAAUUACUUGAUAUAUCGAGAAUUUAUUUAAGAAUUGUUUACAAAAAUGCCACUCCAUGCCUGAAUGCUGUACCCUGCUCUGUAAGUGUUCCUCAUUUUUUCCCUCUUAAAAAUGAUUAGUUAGCAAUAUUAAUAACAUCAGCAAUCACAUUUUAAUGAAGUAAAAGAUGAGUUUUCAACUGUAGAUUGAUUUUAAUGUCUAUCUGCAGCAAUUUAAAAGACAAAUAUAUUAAAUGCAAGAAAAGAUGGGAGGAAAGAUAUUAUUGGAUCUUAUAGUAUUAGGUUUUUAAGACAUUGAUUCAUACAUUACUUUCAAUAGAUGCCUGCUUCUUAAUGACAAUUGCCCUUGGCAAAAUAGUGAUUGAAGUUUGUCUUCAGCAUUCCUAUUUAUUCUUAUAUCCCUUAGUUCUGUUUCCUCAAAUAUUUUAUAGCUGUGUGAUCCUGGAUGAGUCACUUAACCACUUUGAUCACCAGUUGUUUUUCAUCUAUAAAAUGAUGAGUUUAGACUUGAUUUCUAAGAUUGUUUUUUUUUUUUUUUAGCUUUAAGUCUAGGAUGUGUGAUCCUGUGAUCUAGGGAAGUGCUGGUCAGGGAAAUGUAUUUUGGUGUGAUAAGAUGCAAGGAUGGUGACUUGAGACACAAGACAAUUGUUUAACUUACCACUUUGAGAAUCAGUGGUGAUAUUGAUUUAAUUUAGAUUUCCAGAGUGAAAGGGGGAAAAUGUGGGCAAGGAUUCAAUUUGAUGGAGGAACUUUUCUCAAUGGAGUGUUCAGUACACAGAACCAAAUAAACUCCUGGUUUGAAACAUUAUCUGUUGUAGGUGACAUAUUUGAAAUUUCAAUAGAGGAUUUCUGGAAAUCAAAUAUUUCAGUCCAAAGGAGUAAAUGUAAUGGUGGCAAUUCCAAACAACAUGGAUGGCUAUUGUGAGACAUAUUUGACAAACAAUUUUUUUGGUGCCUUGUAAGUAUUGUAUUGAGGGUGGCCCUCUCUUCCUAUCCAUAAGGGGGCCCAGAUUAAUCUAAAUGCUUAAUGUAUAAUUUGAAGCAAAUAAAUACAAGUUGCAGGAGCAUCUGUUCAUUUCAGAUGUCCUCACUCUUUUAUUACCUAUUUUAUUAAAAUGAAAUUGGUGAAUAAUUCAUGAUGUAUUAUUUAUGAAUAAUGAAUUGCUAAAGGCCAAGCUUUUAAUUCUCAGAGCUAAUGUCCUUCAUUUUUCUUCCUGAAAGCAAAAAUGGUGUUAAUAAUGAGAAAACUCUGCUUAUUUCUAAUGAAUUUAGUUCCUUCCUCUGCGGUUUGAUUCAUAUCAGCACAUUCCCUGGCUUACUUAUAAGCUGGUAACAAAAUUGAAAGACUUGAUUAAGCUCAGCAGAAAGAUAUGGCAAGUAAGGAAUCUUCUUGAAAGAUUCAUUUUGUUUAAAUGGAUGAUGUUUUAAGGUGACUAAUCUAUCUUUUCAAGACUUGGAAUAAAAUAGAUGAGAUGUUUUUCAAAUAGUGGUAUUCCUUUUCCAUCGGAGAGAGACUUAGUUUAACACAUUUCAUGUAAAUGAAUGUUCAAUCUUUAUUCACCACUGAAUUGAACCUGCCAGCUAUCAGUCGAUCAGAAUGUGUGCCAGGUAUGUAGAUAUUUGACAUUUUCAUCUAUAGAAAGCUUUAGGCUUUUAAAUCCAUCCUAAAGUAUUUGAAAGGCUGCCAUAUGGAGAAGGGACUAGAUUUAUCUCAUUUGGCCCCAGAAGACAAAACCAGGAGCAAUGAAGAGUGGUUCCAAGGAGGACAUUUUUGGCUUGAUGUCAGGAAACACUUCCUAGCAAUUAGAGCUAGCCAGAAAUGGAAGAAGUCAUCUGGAGGGGGCAGUUCCUUUUUUUUUUUUUUUUUUUUGGCAAUUGUAGUUAAGACUUUAAUUCCUAGUAAAUGUCUGAAGCCAGAUUUGAACCCAGUUCCCCUUAACUUCAAGACCAGUACUCUAUCCACUUUUGCUACAUAGAUGAACUGGUUCUUCCUCAUACGUAGUAGUUGUUAUGAUCCCUUGUUGGAUCUGUGAUGCUGGAUCCUUUUGAAUAUAGUCUGGAUUGUACCAGAUGGCCAAUAAGGUUCAUUUAGUGGUAUAGUUCUAUGAUUUGUCAGUCUAUAUGCUCUAGUGUACAAAAUGGUAUACAGCAAAUUAAAUUACAUUGUAAACUGCUUAGAGUCUGAGUGUAUAAUUUUAUGCCUUCAGGGUGACAUGAACACUUAUGUUUACAAGCUCUCUUUUAGCAUCAAUAUUUAUUGAGUUUAUUAGGUACUGGUGGAACUUUCCAGAGCAUAAGAAGACAUGGUCUUUAACCUCAAAGGGUUUACCAUCUGUUAAACUGUGUAAUUAUCUGAUUGAUGUUGCUGUGCUUUUAAAUGUCUGGGGCCACUACAAGCGGGAUGUAUUGAAUUAAAAAAAAAAGACAGAUAUAGACAUAUUGCUAAACUGUCCAAUGAAAUCAAACAAUGCUCAUUUGAGUAAAGGGCAAAUAAAGGCAGAGCCAGACCAAGUUUCAUUACUGAAGGAGUAAAUGUGCUAUGGAAUAGGAAAAUCCAUGGAAUAACAGGGACUAAGCUAGAGAUUGUAAAGGUCACAGGAACUUUAGCACUCAUUUAAUCUAAUCCAUUCAUUUUAUAGAGCAGGAAAAGGAGAACCCAAAAUGUUUUAACCUGCCCAUGGAAGUAAAUAAACAUUUUAUUAAAUACCUACUACAUGCUGCUCAGCCCACUAAAUAGGAAUUUUACAAAUAUUUUUCUAAUUUGAACUUCAUGGCAUCUUUGGGAUCAUUAUUUCACAGUUGAGCAAACUGAGGCAGAAGUGUAAUAACUUGCCUAUGAUCUCACAGUUAGGAAAUGCUCAAGGCCAAAUUGAACUCCAGUCUUCCAGAUUUCAGGACUACAGUCUCAUUCAAUUAAGUCUCCUAGCUGCUUCAUGAUUAUGCAGAUAAUGUAUGAUUGUGCUGAGAUACAGACCUAAGACGUUAAAAUCCACCCAAAUCUUCCAGCUCAUUGAAUCAGGCAGAGAUGUCAGUGUUCUGCCUCUUGAAUUUCAGUGUCAGAAAGUCAGAAUUUAGUUGAUGAACUCAUAAUCUACAAAGAAAAAAAAUUACAGUGAUUGCAGAGACUAUAAAACCCACCUAUAUAUACUUGUAGAUCAGAAGAUUAAUUGCAAAAAUUCUAGUGCAUGCUUUAAUUUUGGAAUCUUGGGGGAAUAAUAAUGUUUGAAACAAAUUCCCCUUUUAUGAAACUCUGGCAAUUGUAUUACUGAAUUCUAAAUGUUUGGAAGCUUCUCAACACCUUACAGGAAGAGAAUUUCACCUACUGUUAAUAAAAUGGAGUUAUCAUGAAAAUAGCAAUGUCUUUUAAUAUAGAAAUAAUUUAACUCUAUCAUCCUGUUCAUGUGAAUAGGAGCAUUGUCAUCACACCUUCCUAGUCAUAUAGGACAAUUCUAAGUGAAGGGGGAGAUCAGCAGUGAGGGAGGAGAUUAUUGUAGUAGAAUUUGAUAUAGACAGCCAAGUAAAAUCUCCUGAUAAAGAGAUAAGAAAAGAUGUCAGCUGGAGAGUUGUAAUGUGCCUAGCAAUGGAUCUUGGCAACAACCUUGGUUCAUUUUUGACCAUAUCCACUUUGGUACUUUUAUUAUUAGUCGCAUAGAAUUAUGCCAACUGACACUGGAGUUUUAUAUCACACCCUUAAGGUGAAGAUAUCAUUAUAUCAUUCAAGGCCACCUAAAAAGAUUUUUCCAGAGAACACUUUUUUAGGGAGAAAGGAAAAUGCCACUAUUUGAGUAAUAAGUUUAUACUUAUAGUUUACAUUUAUUAGCAUUUUUUUUUGUAUUUUUAAAGGAAACAUAUUUGGACUUCUUUGUUUAAUGGAGAAUGAUUUGACUUUAGAAAUGUUGCUGAUUAUGAAAUACAAUCUUCCAUUGAUUUGUUCCUCUAUUUUCCUCAUCAUGAUGAGAAUGUGAUCCCCAGUUAUUAAAGCCCAUGCCAAGUGGUGUGAAUGCUUUAGCUUUAGAUCUUAACAAAUCUAGAAAGGUUUUGGUUAUAGCCCAGAUAUGGGUUCUAUGUUUAUUGUCUAUGAACCAGAUUAGUUAAGUUCAUAACGGCUCAUCACUCAAGACUUGGUCACUUAGGUAAUGAAUAGUUUUGCCCAAAGCACUCAUAAAGUCAUAUAUUCAGAAGACAUUCUCAAGUUGUAAAACAAUCCUGGUCUUUGAAGGAGAGAAGUAAGAGUGUUAUUAAAAUAUUGACUUUUUUCAACAACUUUUCUUCUUUUUCUGGGUUUAAAAAUAGAUCCUGGAUUUCCUUUUGUGUCAGGAUUAUUAGUUAGAUGAGGGAAUUAUUGUAUACCUAGCUUUUUUUUAGAAUUUAGCGAUGUUUAAUCUAUUCCAUACUAUUCUUUCAGAAAAAAAAAUAGGUAUGGGUUAGAUAAUAAUUCAUUUGGCAUAUUUGGAACUGAGUAAAGGAAUCAAAUUCAAA